UGUGUGUUGUGUGUUGCAAAGCGAGGGCGGCCGGCUCUGAAGUUGCAGAGGCGCUCCCUUCCGUGGCCGGGCCAAUCAGCGCGGCUCCUCGCCAAAGGCCUGAAUGAAAGGGAGGAGGCGGGAUGUGGAGGUUCCCCGCUCGGUGUGCCUGGCUUCGCCAUGCAGGCUCAGGAGUAGCUGCCCUCUCCCUUGGCUCGCCGGGGGCUCUUGGCUUGAUCACUGUCUAUCGCCUUUCUGUCUUCUGAAGCUGUAACAACAUUUGUUUUGAGGGUGUAGUUCGAUCUAUUGAAGAUGCAGCAGAGGAAGGUGUAUAUUCAGCAGGUGAUAUCGUCAAGACCUUUUUGCAUACCACCUAUACUAACAAAACAACUUGGGAGGAAAUAUGACUUGUAAAGAAGUAUGUGGGUUAUAUUACAACUACUGUCCAGAGGUAGGAUGCCUCUACAAUGAACACUAUCUCUGAAGGGGAGAUCUUGAACCUUCUCACAAGAACUCUGUUGACAGAAUACAAACAUUUAACUGGAGCCAGACAUAAGAAAGUGGAUCAGAAUGUAUGUUUAUCCAAGAAGAGUUAGAAGAUGCCAAAUUGUGCCGCUGUUUGCCACUUGCUUUUUACUUUGUCUCAUGAUUUUUUGGGGACCACUUGAUGAGAGUAAUAUUGUGGGCCACAUGAAAUCUUAUUCCUACAGAUACCUCAUAAAUAGCUAUAGUUUUGUGAAUGAAAGCCUGUCUGUUAACAGAGAUAGUCUGGAAAGAGGAACAGGCUAUCAAUACUUGAUCAAUCACAAGGAGAAAUGUCAAGGGCAAGAUGUCCUCCUCUUGCUGUUUGUGAAGACUGCACCUCAAAAUUACCACCGGAGAGAUGCAAUUCGACAGACGUGGGGUAAUGAAAAGUAUGUCCAUUACUAUCUUAGGACCAACAUAAAGACCCUCUUUGUAUUGGGGCAGCCAAGCAACCUUACACAGAGAGACCAACAGCAAAGAAGGCUCCAGGCAGAAGACAAGAUGUAUGGUGACCUGAUUCAGCAAGACUUCUUGGAUACCUUUUACAAUCUUACUCAUAAGUUACUCUUACAAUUCAGUUGGGUAAAUAAGUUUUGCCCUCAUGCCAAGUUUGUUAUGUCAGCAGAUGAUGAUAUAUUUAUUCACAUGCCAAACCUUGUUGCUUACCUCCAAAAUCUAGCACAAAUUGGUGUUCAGAAUCUUUGGAUUGGACGUGUUCAUCGAGGAGCACCUCCCGUAAGAGAUAAGAAGAGCAAAUACUAUGUUCCAUAUGACAUGUAUCCUUGGCUUGCUUAUCCUGAUUAUACAGCAGGAGCUGCAUAUGUGAUAUCGAGUGACGUAGCAGCUAAAGUAUACGAAGCCUCACUGACUCUGAAUUCAAGCCUAUAUAUAGAUGAUGUUUUCAUGGGUCUCUGUGCCAACAAAAUGGGAAUUGUUCCACAACAUCAUCUGUUUUUUUCUGGGGAAGGAAAAGCUCCAUAUCAUCCUUGUAUUUACAACAAAAUGAUGACCUCUCAUGGACAUGUAGAAGACCUUCACUAUCUUUGGAAGCAAGCUACAGAUCCCAAAGUGAAAAACGUUUCAUCUGGCAUUUGGGGUACAGUAUAUUGCAGAAUAGUUAACAUUAUGCUUCUUUGCAAAUUAUACUAUCAGGACACCUAUCCUUGUUUAGCUGCAUUCUCCUAAUACUUGAAGAUCAAACAAAGAUUUACUGAGCCAAAACAAAUAAGAGAUCUUGGCCAUUUCCUCCAAGAUACAUGCAAAAGUGAACGUGAAAUAUUACAUAAAAACUUAAAAUGUGAAAGCUUACCCAUGUACUACAUUAUUUUCACCAAUUUCCUGAAAGCCGAACACUUUAGUUUCCAUAUACUACGGUUUACUUUUCUCCAACUCAUUUUGAGAACAGGUUAGAUAGUACUAAAAAUCAAAAAUUUUACACUUUUAAAUGUGAACAAAAUUCAAUAUAAAAUUAAACUGAAUUUUGAAAAACACAUUCAGUGAUGACAAUGUAAAUGGAUACUGUAGGUAAGACAAAUUCCUCGCUGUAUUGGUUAGGCAGCAUUUCACCCUUUUUCCUCCCAUGCCCUUCCAAAGCACAAGCACAUUUCAAUCCAAGGUCUUAAUGAGUGGCUACACAUUUAACCACUAUGUUGACCAGAUCACUCAAAAACAACUUGGGAAACCUUAUUCCCAUGUAAGUGGUGCUAGCAUUGGUUUAAGCACUUGUUGGAUUAAUCCUAAAAAUGGCUCACUCAAUAGAUAAUUUAUGGGAAGAAUAUACUUAUCCUUGCAGAAUUUUGUAAAACUCAGUUACUAUCCACCAAUGGCCUGUACUGCAAGUUAGAUGAGGAUUUGUGCGAGAGUGGUGGGAUGAAGCAUUAUUUGUUUAUGCUUAGAUAUUAGGUCACUGGUGCUUAAAGUAUGAGGAACUUAAAAAUAAUUAAAGUUAGUGUAUGCUUUGAAGAAAAUAGAUCCAAACACUCCAGCCCAUUUCUGAACAACAUGUACAAUUACAAGUUCCCCACCCCUAAGUUGGUUUUCACUCUAAAUAUAUUCACUUCUCCAUUUGUUCACAUUACAUUUGAGAACCAGGAAGCAUUUUUAAAUACAACUACUGAAUAAAAAUUUCAGAGGAAUAUACUUGGGUUAUGUACCUUCCUCAAAUUUACCAAUGCACAAACUUCCCAAUUCACACCAUUAUACUCUUUAAAAUAAUGUUCUUUAAAGUUAAGAAAGAUAUAAAAUGUAUGUCGGUGCCAACUCCAUAUGCAAAUAAAAACCUUCCCUCAAGCGAAGUUUGGAAUGAUGUUACUAUUUAGUAGUUUUACAACAGAAAACGCCUCUCCCUAUUUGUUUAACUUACAGUAGGUAGGUAUUAAGCAGCUGUACCAUCUCUUUCUUAAAGUGAAAUGAAAUAGUAUGUGUGGGCUGAAAUUCAUGCCAUGUCUUCUAACAUGUAUGAUGGUAAAAAUAUAUUUUGCCAUAAUUUGGGCAGAGAGAAAAUUGCUGGAUUUGCCUAUAAAUCCAAACAGUACAGGAAAAAGUAAUCUAAAUAUGGGUUUAACUGGGUAAGAUUUCUAUAUUACUCUAACCCAGGUAUUUCUGUCUCUCCUAAUGUCAUUAGACUAUAGUGCCCUGUGUCUCUAGACAAGCUAGCCACUGGUUAAUAGUGCUGGGAUUUGCUGUCCAACCAAAUCUCCACCUGAGUCCCACUCCUGCUCUAACAAUUUUCAGAAUAAUAUCACAAUGGUGUAGGAACUCCAGUAAUAAUUAUCCAAUUCUGAUCUUGACAGUCUUGAAUGUUGCAAGCAGGUAUAUAAUCUGUCUGCCUCAGAUGAAUUCCUUAAGCAUUUUGAUAAACAUCAGGAAUAAGCUGUACCUAUAAUUUCUGUUGACUUCUUGAAAUGGCUGUUACGUGUUUGUGUUUUACAGCAGGUCUGUUGUGUUUAAAAAUUAUUUAUUAGCUAGCUUUAAAGGGACAGAUAGUUGUACUACUUUAGCAUAGGAGGACAAUAAAAAGAAAUUAUGGAGGCCCUCUUUUCCUUAGAAAGGAGAUCCUGAUGGUUUCUUAGGUGUUUGUGCUCUGAGCACUGUGUUUAGAUUUCUAAAACUGGAAAUUCCUUGGUUUUUCAGUGUUCCAGAUGCAGGGCAAUUAUUUCUUCUUCAUUUUGCUUACAAGUAAAACUGCAUUAGCCUGAAUGGUCGCUUCAGGUACCAGUUUGACACUGUUAUUCAAAAGUGUUUAUUUCUUAUGCUAGUUUUUACUUGUUUGGUUUGCAGCUAUUUGAUAUAAUUUUUUUUUACAAAAAAGGACAAUUAUUUAUUCUCGACUCUUGCUCUGUUACCAUAUGUUUUGUACAAAACCUGUUUUCAAUAAACAAUUUUGUGUAUUUUCUAAAA